GCGGGAAACAAACUUUCAGUUUCUGGUGCACGCAUGUGCACUGGCCAGCUAGUCUGAUGAUCUAAGCUUUGGGUUGCGAACCCAGAAGAGGAAUGGCCAACGCUGCGUGAGCCCACCUCCAGCACUUCUCUGCCACCCCCCUUCCCUCUCAGUGGCCCUCUGCCGCCCCCUUCCCUCUUAGCACCCCCCUAAGUCAUUCCACGCCCCCCAGGGGGCAGUACUGCCCACUUUGGGAACCACUGAUUUAGAGGUAGUAAAACCUUUUGGUGAUAGCUAGCAGAUGGCACCAUUUAGAAAUGGACAAGUUUGGAAACAUUUAGAGGUAAUAAAACGUUUUGGUGAUAGCCAGCAGAUGGCACCAUUGAGAUGAUCACGGAGUUGGACUUGAUUGUCGAGGAAGACAUGGAAAAGGGGCCUUGUGAGAAGAAACACGGCAGGCUUCCUCCCAGGUUGGCCGGAGAAAGGAAUGUCCCCAGAAAGCUACAACAUCUACCAUGCAGUCUAUGUUGUGGCACACGCCCUCCAGGAUAUCUUCACAUCCUUAUCUAGCCAUGUUGUCAUUCCAAGAGAAGACAAGGUGGAUCUUCCAAACCUUCUACAACCACGGCAGUUUGCUGAUUCCUAAGAUGUCGAUGUUCAGUCAUGUCAUCUCUUGUUUGACCACGUCCAGCUUGCCUUGAUUCAUGGAUCUUACAUUCCAGGUCCCUAUGGAGAAAAAAUCUUUACAGCAUCAGACUUUCCUUUCACCACCAAAUGCAUCCACAGCCAAGUGUCCUUUUGGCUUUGGCCCAGUCGCUUCAUUCUUUCUGGAGCUACUAAUAUUAGCCAUCUGCUCUCCCCCAGUAGCAUAUUGGACACCUUCCAACCUGAGGGGCUCAUCUUCUGGCAUCAUAUCUUUUUUCCUUUUGGUACUGUGCAUGGGGUUUUCAUGGCAAAGAUACUGGAGUGGGUUGCCAUUUCCUUCUCCAGUGGAUCACAUUUUGUCAGAACUCUCUGCGCUACACAAGCCCCUUCGCCAUGACAAGGCAGUAAUGCAUGACAGGGAAGAGUUGUGGAAAAUACUUGCAACUAAGCUUACAGAAACAGGUUGAGAAGUAAAGAACAGAAAUGGCUACCUCCAUGUCUGAAUCCAGCUAAAAACACCUCUCAGCUAACUAUCCUAUGGGCAACUUCAAGCACCAAUUCACUACUGAUGAUUGUAACUAAGGAAUAAGCUGGUCUCCUAUCCCACUUGGGCAAAAAUUAUUUACUAACUUGGAAGCUGGUUUAGUAAAACCAGUUACACAAUUGUAUCAGACUGGCUGUUUGAAGAACCUCAAAGCACUAUCACUUCCUCUUGCGAAGACUAUAAAUCUUGCUACUACCAAAAAAUUAAAUAGUUCUAAAAGAAGAGACCAUCCCUUGCCAGCCAUUGAAGGAGAGAAAGGUCCACCGACUCGUCCUACUGUUGCAAUGCCUUGUCUGCUAUGCCCGUCUCUCUUGUGCUGCCUCCUCCUCCUCCUUCCCUUUCCAUUAGCCUCCAGUUCUGCAUCUAAAGGAGACACAGUGGUCAUAACCAGCAGUGGCCCCCUUAAGGGCAAGCAGUUCCUGGCUGGCAUUGGAUUUGUGACAGCCUAUCUAGGCAUUCCUUACGCUGAGCCUCCCCUGGGGAAGUUGCGUUUCCAGAAACCUCUUCCACAUCCACCAUGGAAGCAAACAUUGGAAGCCACCAGUUUUGGCAAUUCCUGUUCUCAAUAUAUUUUGCAGGAUGUCCCUGAAGCAGAUAUAUGGUCUCCUAAAACACCACUGUCAGAAGAUUGCCUUUCCCUCAACAUCUGGGUGCCACACCCACAACCUUCUUCACCAGUCCCUGUUUUGGUCUGGAUACACGGAGGGGGAUAUUUAUUGGGGACGUCUUCUGUGGACGUGUUCAACGGGGCACCUUUGGCUGCUGCUGAGAACGUCAUUGUGGUCACCAUCAAUUAUCGCUUGGGAGCCCUGGGCUUUCUGUACUUGCCACCAGCUGCUCCGGGGAACCUUGGCUUAUGGGACCAACAGCUGGCCCUGAAGUGGGUAAAAGAGAAUGCAGCUGCCUUUGGGGGAGAUCCUUCUCGGGUGACCCUUUUUGGCCACAGUGCUGGAGGAUCUUCUGUGAAUCUCCAACUUCUCGCACCAAAAAGCCAGGACUUUUUUGCCCAAGCAGUGAUCCAGAGCGGAACAGCCAAUGCCUUCUGGGCUUGGAGGUCUCCUGAGGAAGCCAAACAAAAAUCACUGGAAUUUGUUCAUCUGCUAGGUUGCUCCGAGGACAAUAAUAUCAGCAUAGUGCAUUGCCUGCAAUCAAAAAAUGUUUCUGAACUUAUUCGGCAUGAAAUAGCUCUAUUAUUCAAAGGUGGCUUCGUUUUGAAUAUUCCCUUCAGGCCAACCACAGAUGGGGAGUUUUUGCUUGGUGAUCCAGAAAAGCUCAUGGAGGAGGGGCAAUUUCAGGCCAAACCUGUCCUCAUAGGUGAAACCUCUGAUGAAGCAGCCUCAUUUUUCCCCUAUGUUUUCCCUAACACCACCCACAAUCUCAUCAAUCAGGAGCAGCUUCUGAAAGGGAUAAGAAUGUUGGUGCCAAAUGCAACUGAAGAUUUUAUUCGGACUAUUGCACUGAAGUACAGUGAAGGAAAUCAUGGUCCAGCACAAUACCGCUCUGCUCUGUCCCACUUCUAUACAGAUCGGAUAUUUGCAUGCCCAAUGAGGGAAGCUGCAGGAAAUAUCAGGAAAAGUGGGAGUCCUGGAUAUGCCUAUUUAUUCACACAUCGCCCUUCAUGGUCAGUUUGGCCUGAAUGGACUGGGGCACCUCACGGUGCUGAUGUUCCUUUUGUUUUUGGAACCCUUGAAUCAACGCUGCCUUUCAAUCAAACAUACACAGAGGCUGAAGCCAGACUGAGCCAUAAGAUGAUGCACUACUGGGCAGAGUUUGCCAGAACUGGGAAUCCCACUGGGUCAGCAGCCAGGAAGGAUGAGUGGCCACUCUAUAAUCCCACAGAGCAGAAUUUCUUUCUUCUUAAUACUGAGCCAUUCCAGGAAAGGGUGAUAGAGCACUGUGAUUUUUUAAAGAGCCUUUUUUCAAAGGCUGAAGAGACACAGCAGUCAGAAAGUGAUUCUGUUUCAUCGGACUAGGAAGAAGACAGCAGGAAUCAAUCAAGACUUCUCUUUAAAGCCUGGGCAAAUGAUGACAAGCUUCACCAGAGAACCUUCCAGAAGCAUCCAUUGUCCUUUCAGGGACUGACUGGUGGGACCUUGGAAGACAAAUAAGGAGACAACUAAAACUCACAUCACUUUUGCUGUUAAAUUAAUAAAUUUCUUGGAGUAACUUGUUAUAUCUUGAUUUGAGAGAGGCUUUUAAUCAAUUCUGCUCCCUCAAAAAAGAACCUAGUAAUAAGUACUGUUUGACUUCUUAGGAUAAAAAUCAUUUUAUUUUCACAAUGAAGGGAAAUAGUAAUAAGGAUAUGAUAAAUAAUAGUAGAAUAUAAUAUACUGGAAUACUAUAAUUAGUAGAAACUUGUUAUUCUGUAAACAUUUGUUCUUUUCCUAUAACACAUAUAUGCUACAUUAUGCCUGUUGCAAUAUUUUCAGGAUCAGACUCAAUAAGAUUAGCAAGAGUUAAAGGUUUAACUAUAUAUUCUUUUAUUUACAAUAGGCAUUCUAUAUUCACUGAAUAUUCACAGAUAGAAGCAAGAGAAAAGGUGUAGGUAGCUCCUUAUAUAUACAAUGGGUGGAGCUAUAUGUGGGAGUGGUGAAUUAUGAAUACAUUAAGAAGUGAAGAAUAAGUUAACCCCUGAUACCCUGUUUGUACACUAUUUACACAUUAGAGAAUAAGGCAUUUACAUCUGACAAAUCCCCCUCUAAAUGCCGAUUCGUUAUACAACACCAGUUACACUCAGAUUCAGGACAAUACAAAACAUACAACUUAGAGGUUAAAUAUUUGUGCUGCUUAGAAGGUAAAGGCUUUGUCAAUAUAUCAGCUAAUUGUUCUGAAGUGUCGCAAUGUACUGCUUUAAUAAAUCCAUCCUGAGAUAA